UUUGUUAUACAAUAAAAACCAAUUCUUGCCUUUCACGGGACUCUGGUAUUUAGUUGGUUCAAUUGUCAACAUUCUUUAUUCAUUGAUUGCUAUAAAUUGGUGGGGUUUGGUUUUGCUCUCUUAAUAUUCUAGAAAAAAAUAAAGAUUGAUUUUUUUUUUGUUCUAAUGUUCUUUAAAGGUACAAUCUUUAUGAAUUUUGAGGUUUGAAUGAGCUUGUGGGGUUCAUUGUUUUAAUCAAAAUGAAGUCUUUUGUUCAUUAAAGGUACAUUUUUUAUUGAAAUUUGAGCUUUUCUUUAGAGUUUACAACUUUUUUGAUUCAUUGGGGGUUCAUUUUUUUGAUAAAGAUGAAAUCUUUAGUGUUCUUGAAAGUGUGGGGUGUGGUGUUUUUUGCUAUGUUAUGUGGGGGUGUUUUGAGUAAGGAGUGUACUAACGUUCCUACUCAAUUAUCAUCACAUAGUCUAAGAUAUGAGUUGUUAUCUUCAAAGAAUGAAUCUUGGAGAGAAGAGAUGUUUUCUCAUUAUCAUUUGACUCCUACCGAUGAUUCGGCUUGGAGUAAUUUGCAUCCUAGGAAGAUGUUGAGGGAGGAAGAGGAAUUUGAUUGGGUGAUGAUGUAUAGAAAGAUUAAGAAUUCUGGUGGUAUUAAAGGGAUUGAUGGUUUGUUGAAUGAAGUUUCACUUCAUGAUGUGAGAUUAGAACCAAAUUCAAUGCAUGGAAUAGCUCAACAGACUAAUUUGGAGUAUUUGUUGAUGUUGGAUGUUGAUAGUUUGGUAUGGAGUUUUAGGAAAACUGCUGGUUUGGAGACUCCUGGUGAUCCAUAUGGAGGCUGGGAGGCUCCGGGUGUCGAGCUUCGCGGUCAUUUUGUAGGUCAUUACCUUAGUGCCUCAGCAUUUAUGUGGGCUAGCACACACAACGACAGCCUCAAACAGAAAAUGUCAGCUGUUGUUUCUGCGCUUUCUGCCUGUCAGGAGACAAUGGGCUCGGGAUAUCUAUCCGCUUUUCCAUCUGAGCUUUUUGACCGCUUUGAAGCUAUAAAACCAGUAUGGGCACCAUACUACACAAUUCACAAGAUAUUGGCUGGUCUCUUGGACCAGUAUAUGGUAGCUGGUAAUGAUCAAGCUUUGAAAAUGACUACAUGGAUGGCCGAGUACUUCUAUAAUCGAGUGCAAAAUGUGAUAACAAAGUAUACCAUUGAACGACACUGGCGAUCCUUGAAUGAAGAAACUGGUGGCAUGAAUGAUUUUCUUUAUAAGUUAUACAGUGUAACGGGCAAUUCAAAGCAUUUACUGCUGGCUCAUCUUUUUGACAAACCAUGCUUUCUAGGACUCUUAGCUUUAAAGGCUGAUGAUAUAUCAGGUUUUCAUGCCAAUACACACAUCCCAGUUGUUGUUGGAUCUCAAAUGCGCUAUGAAAUUACUGGGGAUCCCCUAUACAAGGAAAUCGGGAUGUACUUUAUGGAUAUCGUCAAUUCUUCCCACAGCUAUGCAACUGGUGGGACAUCAGUCGGUGAGUUUUGGUCCGAUCCAAAGCGGUUGGCAAGCACACUACAAACCGAGAAUGAGGAAUCCUGUACGACCUAUAACAUGCUGAAGGUUUCCCGACACCUAUUCAGAUGGACCAAAGAAGUGGCAUAUGCUGAUUACUAUGAACGCGCAUUAACAAAUGGUGUACUCGGCAUCCAAAGGGGAACAGAUCCUGGAGUUAUGAUAUAUAUGCUUCCACUUGGUCGUGGCAAAUCCAAGGCUCGGAGCUACCACAAUUGGGGAACACAGUUCAAUUCCUUUUGGUGCUGUUAUGGGACAGGAAUUGAAUCGUUCUCCAAGUUGGGAGAUUCUAUAUAUUUCGAAGAGAAAGGGAAUUCUCCAGGCCUCUACAUUAUCCAGUAUAUACCUAGCUCUCUUGAUUGGAAAUCUGGACAGGUCUUGGUGAGUCAGAAAAUCGAGCCUGUUGUUUCAUGGGAUAAUCGCCUCCGAGUGACAAUUACAAUAUCUUCAAAUGGGCAUUCAAGUGGUGCAGCGUCUACGUUGAACUUGAGAAUACCGAGCUGGACACAUUCAAGUGGCGCAAAGGCAACCUUGAAUGGAAAGGAUUUGUCUCUACCAACACCAGGUAAUUUCCUGGCUAUAACCAAAACUUGGGGUCAAGGCGACAAAAUCACUCUCGAGCUACCCAUGAUUCUUAGAACUGAGGCCAUACAAGAUGACCGUCCUGAAUAUGCAUCCGUUCAGGCAAUUCUUUAUGGUCCAUACCUUCUUGCUGGUCAUUCAAGUGGUGAUUGGGACAUCGAAACAAAAUCAACCACUGCUCUUUCGGACUUGAUCACUCCCGUCCCAGCUGACUAUAAUUCUGAUUUGAUAUCUCUGAUGCAAGAAUCCGGUAACUCAACAUUCGUUCUGACAAACUCUAAUCAGUCCAUUCAAAUGGAUAAGUACCCUCAAGCUGGAACAGAUGCUGCUGUUAGCGGUACGUUCAGACUCAUUUCACUCGACAAAUCAUCUGUUAAGCCUUCACAACAAAAAGAUAUCAUUGGAAAACAAGUCAUGUUAGAGCUCUUUGAUCUCCCUGGAAUGUUCAUUUCUCAUCAAGGACAAGAACAAAGCCUCGGGAUUGCAGCCUCCUCAGACGAUGGUGGUUCCUUAUUCCGUUUGACAGCUGGAUUGGACGAGAAGGACAAUACAGUUUCUCUCGAGUCUGAAGCAGAGAAAGGGUGUUUCAUCUAUAGCAAUGUGGACUACCAAUCGAGUUCAACUGUCAAGCUUAGCUGCAACUCGAAGUCCUCAGAUGCUGGAUUCAAACAAGCAUCAAGUUUUAAUCUGGGAAAUGGCAUUAGUGAGUAUCAUCCCAUCAGUUUCGUGGCGAAAGGGGCAAAGAGAAACUUCAUUUUGUCACCAUUGCUUAGCUUUAGAGAUGAAUCUUAUACUGUGUAUUUCAACAUUCAAUCAUAGAGAAUGUUGCAGAUCACAAUAAUAAAUUCAAAUAUUUUCCUACAAUCAUGAAAAUUGUUGUUUACUUGUCUAA